GUUGUCAUUUGAAUUCCACGCCUCGGCCUUUGGAAGCUGGUGUCACUCAGGCUUUGCUAGCCAAUCAGGGCCUGGGACCGUGCCGUCUAAUCAGGAGCACGGGAGAGCGGCAAGAGGCGGUUCUUCUCGGCCGCCAUACUGUGGGCUCGGCUCCGCGGCACAGGGAGGUUCGGUGCAGUGUGCUGUGCUGUGAGCGCCGCUGCCGGGACCUGUGAGGAGAGCGCGGGCGAGUCCGGAAGCCGCGCCAUGGAUUUGGUGAGCUUUGAGGAUGUGGCUGUGCACUUCAACCAGGAUGAGUGGGAUUUGCUGGAUCCAUUCCAGAAGACUCUCUAUAGAGAUGUGAUGCUGGAGACCUGCAGGAACCUCGCUGCAAUAGGGUAUAUAUGGGAAGAACAGAAUAUUGAAGAUGACUGCAAAAAUUUUGGAAAAAUUCAAAGGCAUGUCAUAUCUGAUUCUGAAUACUUACUGGAUGAGCAGGAGGGAUAUGGAAACAAGCCAUACGAUUCUAGUUCUCUCACAAGUAUUCAAGGAUACAUGGGUAUUCACACUGUGAAUGGACCUUGUGAAUGUGAGGUAUGCUUAAAAUCCUUUGGUUUUCCAAGUACAUUCGGAAUGUAUCACCAACCCCACAGUGGACAAAACUUCUGUGACUACAAGGAAUGUGGAAAGGCUUCUGGUUAUCACAGUUCACUUUAUACACAUGGAGGAACUGAUACUGUAAGAAAAUGUUACUCAUGCAACCAGUGUGGAAAAGUUCUGAGUUCUUCCAGUUCCCUUCAAAGGCAUGAGAGAAUUCACACAGGAGAGAGACCCUAUAAAUGUCAGCAGUGUGGGAAAGCUCUGAGUUCUUCCACUUCACUUCAAAGGCAUGAGAGAAUUCACACAGGAGAGAGACCCUAUAAAUGUCAGCAGUGUGGGAAAGCCUUUAGAUGUCACAGCGCCCUUCAGUUACAUGAAAGAAUCCAUACUGGAGAAAAACCCUAUGAAUGUCAGCAGUGUGGGAAAGCCUUCACAUGUCACAGUUACCUUCGAUUACAUGAGAGGACUCAUACCGGAGAGAAACCCUAUGAAUGUAAGCAAUGUGGGAAAGCCUUCAGAUGUCAAACUUCCUAUCACAGACAUAAAAUUAUUCAUGGUGGAGAAACAUUCUAUGAAUGUAAGCAAUGUAGUAGGCUCUUCAUUUAUCCCUCUUUACUUCAAAUGCAUGAAAGAACUCACACUAGUGAGAGACCAUAUAAAUGUAAGGAGUGUGGAAAGUCAUUCCUUUAUCCCUCUUUACUUCAAAUGCAUGAACGAACUCACACUGGUGAAAAACCCUAUGAGUGUAAGCAAUGUGGUACAGCCUUUAGACAUCACUCUUCCCUUCGAUUGCAUGAAAGAACUCACACAGGAGAGAAGCCCUAUGAGUGCCAGCAGUGUGGGAAAGCCUUCACUCGUCACACUUCCCUUCGGUUACAUGAAAUAACUCAUACUGGAGAGAAACCUUACAAAUGUAAAGAAUGUGGUAAAGCCUUUAGACAUCACUCUUCCCUUCGCUUGCAUGGACGAAAUCAUAGUGGAGAGAAACCGUAUGAAUGUAAACAAUGUGAUAAAGCCUUUAUACGGUACAGUUACCUUCGAUUACAUGAACGCACACACACAGGAGAAAAACCUUACGAGUGCAAACAAUGUGGGAAAGCCUUCAGCCGUCACAGUUCCUUUCAGAGACAUAAAUCUAUUCAUGCUGUGGAAAACCCCUAUGAGUGUCAGCAGUAUCUAAUUCCUGUACCCUUGUUUGCUCCAAAUACAUCAGAUAACUCAUACUGGUGAGGAACCCUGAAGGAGCAGUGCUAAAGUGUUUAUUCUUAUCCACUCAAAGCAUGUAAGAACAAAUGACGUCACGGAAGAAGCCUUACUCACAUAAAUGAUGUGGUUUAGACUUCAAAGGCAGGAAGGAAUUCAUGCUGGGCACAAUUUCUACAGAUGUAAGCAAUGUGUGGUAAGUCCUUUGUUGGUCACUUUCCUUUCACAGACACAAGUUAAUUCAUGCUGGGGAAGUGUCUUAUGAAUGGAAACAAUAUGGUUAGUGUUUUAUCCCUGUUUGCUUCAAACACCUGAAAAACUUAAGGUGCAAAAUGCUGUGAAUGUCAACAACUGAAGCCUUCCAGAGUUGCAGGUCCCUUCGGUAUCAUGAACGACAUCUUCCUGGGGAAAAAAACCCUUGAUGUGUAGAUGUCAUUGCUCCCAUAGAUUCCAUGAAUGAACUUCUUUUGGAAACAGUACCUGUGAGUGGAGACAAGCCUGUGACACACGCAAGCACAGUUCCUUUCAAAGAUGGACAAAUAUCAAUGGUGGGACAAAGCCUAUCAUAUAAAGAAUGUGGUAAGUUUUGGUACAAGUCAGUAGAUGAGCAGACGUUUUUGUCUCUGGUGCAGCUGCCUGUACGUGCCCGUGCUCAGUAAGCCCAGUUAAAGUCCGUGGCUCUCCAGGCAGCACUUGGGUGGUAUCAUUUCUUUGCUUUUAGCCUUGGUGCCCAUCUGUGGUGAAUAGACAUUUGCUCACGUGCGGGCAGAAAAUGCUCACACAGCACUUGGCAUAUGAAUGUGAGGCCACACUCAGGGCGAGGUUGCCAGAUGGCUCGUGAGGAAUGACAGAUGUACAGGUACAGCCUCCGUCUUCUCCACUGUGUCCACAUUGGCUUGAAUUUAUUCUUUGUUUUAUUGAGGAAAACUCUUAUAUAGCCUGGCCUGCUCUUAAACUCUCUUUAUAGAUGACGAUGAUCCUGAACAUCUUGCUCCUCCUGCCUCCUCUUCCCAAAUCCUGGGAUUGCAUCCAUGGGUGUCUUGUGCUUCAGAACUAACCCAGGCUCCAUGCAUGCACUCUUAGCUGUGCUAUGUCCUCAGGUCAGCAUUGAGAAGACACUUGGUACAAGUCUUUUCAUGCCGUUGGAUCUUGUUAAUGUUUUAUUUAUUGCCCUCUUAGCUGCUGACUCCAGGCUUGAGCCGGCACUUGUUUGGGAUAGUGGGUUGCCAGCCUUCAGUGAUCCUGAGACCCCUUCUCCCCCCAAUCCCCGUGUAAAAAGGAAAAGGGUUUUGCAUCAUGCUGAUAUAAUGCUAGCCUCUGAUGCUCUACAGAUUUAGAAAGGCAUCCAGGUGAGCCGAAAGUGAUGAUUAGAAGGAAGGUACACAGGUACACAGGACAGGCACAUGGGAAUUUCUUGGGAUUUUUAUGGUUGGGUAACAGGUGACACCAAACAAGGUGAAUGAGAACUCUUCCCAGUCUAUGGCUAGCAUUGAACAUUAGAAGGUGAGUUGAAGAGCUUGGAUGGAGGUACCCUGUGUGCAUGGGAAAAGAUACGCCUAGAAGAUAGACUAUUUAGUUAAGACGCAGUGCUAGGGGUAGACUACUUCCCCAGCAGGUAUUAGCCACGGGUGCUCCUGAAGUCCCCUGAGCAGUACAGACUAUUGCCAGUGCUAUUAGUUGUCCUCAGAACUACAUGUAAGACUUCCUGAAAACACCACAUGCUUUGCUGCUGACUGUAGAGAAAGCGGUCUGAGACUGAGCUGGUAGCUUUGGCUUCGCUGGCCAGCACGCAUAGGAUAUGAAGUGGGUGUGGUUUGCUGUGCGGCACCACUCCCUCUGGAUCUUGCAUGGUACUGUGUCUGAUCAAGAUGUGCCUUCUAGGGCUGGUGGGAUGGCUCAGCUGUUGAGAGUUGCUUGCUGCAGGGCUGCUAGCUUGAGCUAGAUCUCAGAACCUACGUGACGGAGACAAAUCCUGCAGAUUGUCUUCUGAUCCCCUCACUCAUGCUGUGACAUGCACCUCCUCUCCACAAUACACAUAUAAAUGUAGUAAGAUCUGUACUGUACCCGCAUGACUCAGUGAGAGUGACCAACACCUUUCUCUCCAGGGGUCAAUUCGUAUGUGUAAGGCCCAAUCAUAACCCACAGCUAGACAGUCCUAAGGCCCUAGUGUUUUGCUAGAUGGGUAUAUUUCUGUGAAAUGACUGUCUCAAGUUCUGUGUUUAUGCCUGUAGAUUAUUGUUUCAGUCAUUUUCGAACAGAGAAGCUUCUUGCAUUAGGCAGUAGUUACUGAUGAGGCUUAUCACUCCCUCCUAGGUUGGGCACAUUCUAGAAAGGGGUGGAAUGCACCAGAGGAAGGGGUGGCAUGUUGUAGAAUGCUGUGCUUUGAGUAUGCCUAUCUUUUUGAAAUCUCAGUACCUGUAGUACCUAAAGGCCUACACAAAAUCUAGACCUUUGUGUCCUUGUGGAGGCAUUGGCAUGGAGCCCUGGCGUCUUCCCAGGUGAUUAACUGGCAGUGAUACUCACUACAAGGAGGGGUCAUGAGAUCUUUUUCUCUCCCGGAAUACAUUUUAUUUCGUUAUUUGAGAGAGUCUCGCUAUGUAGUUCUUGCUGUCAUGAAACUCACUACAUAGACCAAGCUGUCCUCGAACUCACAGAGAUCCGUUUGCCUUUGAGUGCUGAGGUUAAAAGUGUGCACCACCAUGUUCGGCUUACUCCCUGAAUACCUUUAGGUAGUUAAUGGUACUUAGACAGGGGGGCAUCACAAGACCUCCCCCUUCUCUGAAUGUAAAACCAGACAGUGGUUGCUGGUAGAGGGAGGGACAUUUUCUUCAGUGGAUUACCUACGCAUAAGUUUUCCAUGUUUUUAUCAGUACCCCCUCACCUGUGCCCCUAUAAGUAACCCUAAUUAAAAUAAUUGGUUCAUCAAGC